GCGCUUGUGGCGACGGUGGCCGGCCUUCUGAUCGGCGUGUUGGUGGUUCCACGCGCAGCCCGGCGGCCACUAGCCGUGCCAGGAGAGCUGCUUCUGCGCGUCUCCGGCGCCGCCACGCUGCCUCUGCUCGCCUGCCGGCUGCUGCUACUGCCACCGGACGCUCGGCUGCUGGCCGCUGCACUCGGCUUCCAGCUGUCCGCUAGUGUCGCAGCCUUACUACUCGCCAGCUGGGCACCAACGCCUCCAACAGCCAGGCCUGCUGAACCACUCGACUGGUUUAGGUGCGUCAAUGCCGAUAGUAAGGCGCAGCGCUAAAGCACUGCGCCCUGCAGGAACGCGGUACCCGACAACAUGCUGCAGAUGUUUGUGUUAGAGGAAGGGCAGCGGGGCCGCAACACGACGCCGGAGAUGCGCGCUGAGCCUGGUAACUUGCUAGGCGUAGCAACGGCGUCGGUGCUGUUGGGAUACGCGCUGGCGCGCCAGCGAGGGAACCGGGCCUUGCGUACACUGCUGGCCGACGCGGGGGAGUCGCUGACGCGACUGCUCAACGGCCUGCUCGCAUGGGCGUGCCCCAUCGGAGCUCUGUCGCUGGCGCUACGGGCCGCCGACGAAGAGGCGACGUGGUGGCGCGGCGCCUACUUGGCCUCCGUGGGUCUGGCGCUGCAUGCUGUCCUAGUGGCCGUCGUGGUGGGCGCCGCUGCAUCACGCCGUGACCUGCAACGGUUGCUGGCUGCGCUGUCGUGGCCGCUAUGCGUAGCAGCCGUGGCCGGGUCGAGCUGGCACGCGCUGCCCGCCGCACUGUGCGCGCUACAGCAGCGUGAGCCCACCGCAGCCGCCCUGGUGGUGGUCCGCUGCGGCAGCGCGUUGUGCAACAUGCUGCUACUGACGCCCACCAUGCUCCCAGACAGGGGAUUCACGCAAGGCCUGCUGCUAGCGGUGGCCAACUCCUUAUUCAGCGUUGGCCGGGGAGACGGGCCGCUCCUGUACCUAGCCGGCCUGCCCCCGCUGCCUGGCGCCGUGUACGUAACAUGGCAUCAAUGAAAAGCGCGCACCAGUUAUACAACUCCAAUCGCUGCAGGCAGCGGCUGGCCGCACUACACGACCUGUUCGGUUCGUGCGGGU